CCGGCUGCCGCUGCCUGGCGGAAGAGGCCGCGCCCGCCGCUCCGCGCUGGGAAGCGAAACCGAAAGGCAGCGGGGAUAGACCGGAGCUGGGCGGCCAUGGCGGGGCAGCGGCCGGGCGGCUUCCCGCUGCUGGUGCGCGGCGACUGGGGCUCCGCCGAGCCGCCCCCCGCCCUGAGGAAGAAGCUGCUCUGCUACUUCCAGAGCCAGAAGCGCUCGGGCGGCGGCGAGUGCGAGCUGCGGGCCGCCACCGGGCACCUCCUCGUCUGCUUCGCGCACCCCGAAGUGAAACAACGAGUUCUUGAGAGACAGUCUCAUGAGCUGCGUUUGGGAGAAAAAGGAAAGUUGAAGUUGAUUGUCACAGAGCCUGACACAGCACUAGCUGCUGAAGAGGAGGCAUUUGAAGAAAAAUUAAGUCCCACAAAGGCUCUGGAUGCCACGAGCAACCUUCAAAUAAAAGAUGAUGCAGAAGCCUUGCAGAAAGCAGAAAGCUGUGUUGCAAACAGCGAACUCCAGGAGGAAGCUGACUCUGCAAUGAACGUCGCAGAAAAGCCCAGAGAGAUCUCGCCUUCAGUGGUGUUUGAAAACAUACAAGAAUGCAGCCCAAAAUGCUUACGUCUGCUGUUGGAGAACAUCAGUGGCCUGGCAGCAGAUGAUGACUUCACCGUGGAAGUGAUACCUGAAAUAAAUGUUGCUGUAGCUACUUUUACAAAAAGCAUUGAUACUGAAGAAUUUGUCAAAAAAUGUUCACAAAACAAGAGAGUUAAAAAAUUCAAAAUGACUGCCAGGCUUCUUGAACUGACCCGGAGCAUCAAGGCUGAAAACAUACCAGCCAGCAUUUCCACAGACUACAUCACAGUUUACUUUGAGAGUGUGCGGAAUGGUGGGGGGCCCGUGUCAGACGUCCAGCUCUUCCCUGAGGAGAACUUGGCCAUCAUUACUUUCUGUGAUCACAAAGAUGUCAACACGGUCUUGGAAAAGCAGCAUUUACUGGAACAGACACCAAUUUCUGUGCAUCCAUAUUACCACUCCUUGGGAACAGCUCUCUAUGGAGAAGAAAGACCAACUAUCAAGAUGCCAGACCCCAUUGGGGUGCCGCUAGAUCCGUAUGUCUGGCAGUUUUUACAAAGACAGGUGAAACUGAUGCAAGACAUAAACCAGGAAAUGGCGAUUUGCCAUUGUGAGCUGAAAUGGCCCCAGACAGACUGUGCAUACCCGGAAAUUAUGUUGUGCCCAUCAUCAUCCCUCUCAGAGCAGAAAAAGCCAAUGAUUAACUUGAUCAAGACAUGGAAGCAAGAUGCUUCCACUGAGUUCUUACGUGCCAUGGCACGUUACAUAGCCAUAAAAUGUAAAGUAAAUUCGGUGGAUUGGAAAGACGUGAAAAACAGAUUGGUGAAAAAUGUUGGUUUGAUCAUAACGGAGAUUUCUGAGGAGACAGUGGUAAUUGCAGGCAACAGAGCAGCAGUGGACAGUGCAGAGAAAGAAAUGAGGGAAUGCAUGGAAAAACACAUGAAGCAAAGUGAAAGGGAAAAACAAAGCAUAGAAAUUUCUGUGUCAGUGAUCCCAGGGAAGUAUGCCAUUCUGCACAACGCUGGGCUAGAAGAAAAUAUUCACAAAGAAUAUCCAUGCUUAAAGAUCUUUUAUGAUGACACAAAAAAAACUGUUCAGUUGUGUGGAUUACCUGCAGAAGUAUAUAAAAUCAAAGCUGACUUACUGGAAAAGGUAUUGAAUAUGCCAUGUACAUCAGUUACCAUUGAUCCCCAUAUUUUCUACUAUCUACAGCAUGUAGAUAAUAAAACAAUGUCAGAGACAUUAUUCACUACUAAAAAAAUUAAUACUUUUUAUGAGCUUGAGGAUGAUACAGUAAUGCUAUUUGGACAUGCUCCCAAAGAUCUUUUAGAAGCAGAAAAGCAAAUAAAGACAGGCUUAGAAUAUAAGUGCAUCAAUGUGGAGGACUGUGAGGUCAUUAAAAAGGAGCAGUGGAAGAGUCUUCUUGCUUCCUUGCGUAAGAAGUACAGUUCUUCCCAGGAAACUGUAGUCAUUGAUGAACCUGGAAAAGAGAAUAAAGUGAUUAUUGCUGGAUUUUCUAAGGCUGUAACAGAAGUUUAUCAGAAACUUACUGAUUUUAUAGACAGAAACACACAUAUAGAAAAAGUAAUCCCGGCUAAGUCAGUGGUGGUAGUGCAAUUUGUAGAGCAGGAAAAAUCCAAUGUUUAUCUUAAAUUGAAGAAGAAAGGAGUGACAAUACGUUUUGACACCAAGACACCAUGUAUUUCUGUGAGUGGACCAAGAGCAGAAGCACGGAAUGCAGUCACCACUUUUGAAAAAAUUCUCUCAUCCCUUUACUCAAAAAAUGUGCAAAUUGAUAAACCAGGAGCCAAAGAGCUCUUCAUUGAAAGGAAAGAUUCAUGUGUUUUUGAGGCAAAGCAGAAAUUUGGCUGUUUGAUUAGGCUGGAAGAAGAAGAACAGCAACAACAACAAAAAAUGGGUGAAAACGUUGGUGAUAAAGUGGAAAGCAAGCUCUACUUUAAGAAAAUGCUGCCAGAUGGAGUUGUAGUAGCAGUUUAUAAAGAUGACUUGUGCACUCAUCCUGUUGAUGUUGUGGUAAAUGCAUCUAAUGAAGAUCUGAAACACAACGGUGGCCUUGCUUGGGCACUGUUAAAAGCGGCUGGUCCAGAGCUGCAGCAGGAGUGUGAUGAGCUGGUGAAGAAGAACGGGAGCUUGCAGCCUGGCUGUGUGGUUAUCACGGGUGCAGGGAAACUCCCCUGCAAGAACGUAGUUCAUGCUGUUGGGCCCAGGUGGAGGAAGGAUGAAGCAGAACAGUGUGUGUGCUUGUUAAGACAGGCAGUGAAGAAAAGUCUACAACUAGCUGAAACGUUUAAUCAUCGUUCUAUAGCUCUGCCCGCUAUAAGUGGAGGCAUUUUUGGCUUCCCACUGGAACUGUGUACAUAUUCGAUUGUAGCCUCCAUCAAGGAGACCUUGGAAGAAUCCAAGGGGGACAGCAGCUUGAAGGAGGUUCAUCUUGUGGGUGAUGCAGAAGGAACAGUUCAGGCUCUCAGUGAGGCAGUAAAAAAAGUGUUCGCAGCUGAAUUAUCCUCCCUGAUACUGCAGACUUCGAGCUCGGGAAACCUUAAGAUGAGAGAAAGCCAAAAGGAGGAGAGAAAAGAGGAUCUUCAGAUGGCUAGAGAUGAUCUGCAGAUGAUUACAACGGAUGAAGGUCUUUGCAUCCAAGUAGAGGAGAAAAAUGUUCAGGAAGCCACGACGGAUGUUAUUGUUAACAGUGUUGGCACAGAUCUGAAGUUUGGCGUGGGGCCUCUUUGCAAAGCCUUGCUGGAAAAGGCUGGACCAGGGCUCCAAGUAGAGUUUGACAACGAAAAACAAAGACAGGACGCUGACGAAGGAAGUGUGCUCUGCACCAGUGGAUGUGCUCUCGCCUGCAAGUCUGUGCUUCAUGCCAUACUUCCCAUGUGGAAUCAAGGAAGAGGACAAACCGUGGAGAUGCUAGAAGAUAUAAUCACCUUCUGCUUGAAGAAAACUGAAGAACUUGGACUGAAAUCAAUCACUUUCCCAGCUAUUGGAACUGGAGGAUUCAGAUUUCCUAAAAACAUUGUUUCCAAAUUAAUGUUUGAUGUGGUAUUCAAGUUCAGCAGUAGUCACACUUGGAGGACUCUCCAGGAAGUUCAUUUUGUCUUGAAUCCAAACGAUACGGGUAACAUUCAGGCUUUUAACAUUGAACUACAACGUAGAGUAGCUGGAAGUUGCAAUGCUGCAGCACCAUGGUCAAGUAUUAUUAGGCCUGUUUCAACUGAUGCACGGGGAGUUCAUGAAAUGCAGAUUGGUACCAUUACACUCCAAGUAAUUAGUGGAGAUAUUACCAAGGAGGAUGCAGAGGUUAUUGUAAACAUAUCAAAUCCAACGUUUGAUGCCACGUCAGGGGUCUUCAAAGCAAUAAUGGAUGCUGCUGGUUCCCAGGUAGAAGAAGAAUGUGCUCAGUAUGUUGGGCAGUUUCAAAGUGGCUUUAUUACUACACAAGGUGGAAAACUGCUGUGCAGAAAAAUCAUCCAUUUGAUUCACAACAGGAAUGUGAACCAUCAGGUCUCCAAAGUGCUUAACGAGUGUGAGCUAAGGAUGUACAAAUCUGUUGCCUUCCCAGCAAUUGGAACAGGUCAAGCAGGACAGAGUCCAGCAAAGGUAGCUGAUGACAUGUUAGAUGCUAUAGUGGAAUUUGCAAGCAAAAGAUCAGUACAGCAUUUGCAAAAAAUUAAAAUAGUCAUCUUCCAAACAAAUAUGCUCAGAGACUUUUACAGAAGCAUGAAGAAAAGAGAGGAUUCAAAUUCAUCCACAACAGGUUCAUCAUUUUUCUGGGGUAAAAACCAACCAACUGGGAAGAAAAAGAUUGUGGAUUUGGAGAAGAAAGUUGAUUUAGCCACAUUCCAAAUCUGUGGAGAAAGCCAAAAAAAUGUGGAUAAAACUGAGUCUUGGAUAAAGGAUUUUAUUUUAAAAGAUCAUUUUGAAAACAUUAUUUCAGAUGAGAUAAUUGAACAUUUUGAUAAGAGGCAAAUUGACACUUUGAAGGAUCUCCAGAGUAGAAAGCAUGUCACCAUUCAGUUUGAAAAUAAACUUUCCCCGCCUUGCAUUAAAAUUUCUGGUAUUACCAAGGAUGUAUGUUGGGUUUUUAUGGAAGUUCAAAAAAUAAUCCAAAACCUUAAGGAUACUGAAGAAGAACGAUCCAAAGCAGAACUUGUUUAUAACCUGGUAGAAUGGAGAUAUCCAGGAAGCAGUGAUAGCUUUGUUGCUUUUGAUAAAAUUACAAAUAUGCAGCUGGAGGAUGCCAAAAUAGCUAAAAAACCACAUCUUAUGGUCGAAAUUAAUAGGAAGAACUACAAGGUUGAUAUGAAUACUCUACAGGCUAGUGAUGACCAAGGAAAAACCAUAAACAUUCAACGUGUGUCAAAGAAUGAAGAAAAGCAGCCAAUAAUGCUCCCUGCACACUGGGAAGACAUGCAAAUGGAACGUGUCAAAGUGGUGAAUCUCAAGCCAUUGUGUGAGGAAUAUCUGGAGGUUCAGGCCAGAUUUAAGAAGGGCUGUCAUGGCUGUGUCAUAGAGAAGAUUGAAAGAAUACAGAAUCCCUUCCUCUGGCAGACAUACCAAAUAAAAAAGAUAUCUCUCUGUACAAAGAACAAAAAUAAAAAUAAUGAGAAGUUGCUAUUUCAUGGGACAGCUGCAUCGUCAUUGAACACAAUCAACUACAAUGGAUUUAAUCGUGGGUAUGCUGGAAAGAAUGCUGCAGCCAUUGGAAAUGGAACCUACUUUGCUGUUGAUGCAUGUUAUUCUGCUCAGGAUACUUAUUCCAGACCAGAUGUGAAUGGCAGAAAAUACAUGUACUUGGCUCGGGUCCUCACUGGGCAGUACUGUGUUGGGAGCAGAGGACUAAUCACUCCACCACCAAAAAACACAGCAGAUCCUACUGACCUGUAUGACAGCGUGGUUGAUAGUGUGAAAGAUCCAACAAUGUUUGUCAUAUUUAAUGACAUCCAGGCAUAUCCUGAAUACCUUAUUACUUUCAGGUGUUAGAAUAUUCUUAAUAGCCUAGAAAAUGUUAGUGCCUUUUACAUGUGAGAAUUAACAGGGGAAUUCUUGAUUCUUGUUUACAUCCAGGUUUCUUAAACUAAGUGGUUAUUUAUCUAUCCAUGUGUUUAAAUAUGUCUUCAAAUUAUCAACACAAUGAUCCAGGAUAAGCAAAUAUUUUAGAACGUACUAUUUCAAUACUCACACUUCAAAUUCAGGUCCAUGGAGGUGUAGGUAAGAACUGUGAGAACAACCCUGACCUCUUAUUAUGCAAGGCAGAGUGAACUGGUAGGAGAGGGAGGGAGCUGCUGUGCCUUACUUGCAGCCUGAAGUAAGAGGCGUAGGGUAGGACAAUGCACCUAUGCAUGUUCCUAUUUCUGGUAUUCACCAAAAGCACCAAGUGGCUGGGUCCUUGUGAGGACUUAUUUAAAAUGCACUGUGUUGGGGGAAUUACCUUGCUUGCCAGCAGAGUUUUCAGUCAUUCUCAGACAUCCACUCACUCUUAUUGAUACUAAGAGUCCUGAAGAUAAAAACACAAUAUUGAACUUACCAUUUGCAUUCAUUAUUUCACCCCGCUAGCUGUUGUAGCAUACUGUUAUCCCCUGUGUAUGAAUUCAUGUAUUCAUACCUAUUUCUAAGGGGCAUUCUCUACGGUCCCCCGCAUUAUAUACAUCCAUCUUCCACAUACAAAGUCAUUGCUUCUGGAAUUUUCAAGAUGCUAAAGAGGGACUUUGAAUGUCUUCUGGUCAGUACCAAAACAUUAACCCGUUUGUAGAAUUACUAAUUCUCAGCGGGUUAUCUACAGGUGCAUAACUCGGUUACCAUGCUUAAACCACCUGAAAACUUUUAAAAUUCUGUGAAGCAAGUAAAUAAUGGUAUUUGUGUAUCUUUGCAAGUUGUACACUUAAUUAUAGUUACAAUCUUAAAACUGCCGAUCAAAAGCCAUAUACACCUGUUUUUAAUGAAAAUAGUUUCAAACAGCUACAUUGUGUUACCAAGUGUCCUGGGUUUGGCUGGGAUAGAGUUAAUUUUCUUCCCAGUAGCUGGUGCAGUGCUGUGUUUUUGCUUUAGCCUGAGAACAACGCUGAUAACACACUGAUGUUUUAGUUGUUGGUAAGAAGUGUUGACCUUGAUCAAGGACUUUUCAAUCUCAUGCUUUGCCGUUGAGGAGUUGCACAAGAAGCCGGGAGGAAGCAGAGAUAGGACACCUGACCCAGACUAGCCAAAGGGGUAUUCCAUACCACAGCAUGUCAUGCUUGGUAUAUAGACUGGGGGGAGUUACCCUGAAGGGACCAAUCACUGCUCAGGUUGGGCUGGGUAUCAGUCAGCGAGUGAUGAGCAAUUCUGUUGUGCAGCACUUGGGCUUUUUUGUUUUCUCUCUUUUUGUUAUUUCACGUUUCAUUAUUAGUAGUAGGAUUAUACCUUAUUUUAAUUAUUAAACUGUUCUUAUCUCAA